GUUUGUGGCUGACCUUGGGACACACAGCUAGAACCAGGAUAAUGGCAGGGGAGCCUAAAGGGAAGAAACGCAAGUCGAGAGACAGCAGCGCAUCCAGUCGUGAAAAGGUUCGUGGACGGAACCAGCUGGAUGUAUUUGUGACGCCUAUUUCUGGCUGUGAGCCUCCUGAAACAACAAAGUUCCAUGGAUAUGUCCGUAAUGGAAAGAAGCGUGUAGUUUCUUUGAUCGGUACGACCGAAAAGGUUCGUUAUGAAGCUACGAAUGCGUCCAAUACCCAAUCAGCUCCCAAUUACUGCCUUGCUGUGGUUGACAAGGACGGUAAGGUGAAGCGUCUUCAUCCCGCAACCUUUUUGGGAUCUUUUGAGCGUUCUGUACUUGCACUCCAGAACAAUGAUGCUCUUAUUAAGAAACAACGUGGUUCUAUUAACGGCGCCAUUAUGCAACAAAGAGCCAACUUGGGUCUUGCUUUCGGUACUCGAAAGAGUCAAAAGGCUAUUAUGGAUGAGACAGCCAAUCGUGUCAAGGCCGAGACUUUGGGAGACAUCAAGAGUCAACUUAUCAGUAACGUCGAGAAGGCUACUGCUGCUCUUCCUUCGCAGGCAGAGCUUGACGCCAAGCAAGCAUCUGACCGUCCCAUUCCUCCUGUCAACAUGGCUGCCGAAACGGUGGAAGAGGCGUACAACCUUUAUGACAUUAUUGGCAAGGAAGAGCUUGCUGCCAUUAACGUUAAACCGAUGCUUGACUCGCAGGACGAGCAAGCUUGGCUACAAAAACUCCCCACUCGUCACUCGAGUUUCGUCAACAAACGCUUCAGCCGUAUUGUUUCGCUGGAGGAGAAGGACUUCCAACGUGCCAAACUUGUUUAUGUGGUUGCUUUGUUGCAAGCUUUCGUUUCCGCUAGACGGUCUGUUAAUGACCGCGAGACUUUGCGGAAAAAACUUGGAUUCCCACCAGAGAUUGUCAUCGACGGCUUGUUGAAACGUUUUACGGAACGCAAUGGCACGGGUGCAUUGCAGGUCUCUACUAAGGGUGUUGACAAGAUUAUGUGUUACAUGUUCUUGCUUUGUCUGAUGCUUGACAAUUACUCUACUGAUGUAACCACUCUUGCCAACGAUCUUAGUAUAAAAAACAUGAAGGCCAACGAACUCUUUAAAACUCUCGGUUGCCGAAUUAUGGCUUACACCGAGACACAAUGGAAAGCUAUGGGCAUCACAAAGACCGAGGCACGCAGUCGGAAGCGUGCUGUCUUGAAGGUUCCUCUCGAGUUCCCCAGACCUCGUAGGGGACGUGCUCGCAACUAGUUUUGUUGUCCGUCUGUUAUAAAAAAAGAGGUUGUAACUGUGCAUUUUGGAGAGUUGCUGUCAGCUCCUUUUACUGUUCAUUUUGUUUCAUGUGUGGGAACUGCGGUAUCUGUUUCUUUUUGGUGACCGUUUUAAUACAUGAAAAAACACAUACUGGCCUCUAAAAAACAAAGUGCAAGUUUAGCUUCUUCAGUGCUUACGUUAAGGCAGAAAGUGAGAAGGUGAACUGCAUAUUUUUACAUAGUCCUAAAAAAAUAGA